AUGGAUUGCAUGAAGGAUGGCUUCAGACAAGGGGAGAUCCUCGACGGACGUUUCCGUGCAGUUGCGGAGCUCAAUCACGGAAGCUUCGGUCUGGUCUUCCUCGCUGAUGACCUGCUCACCGGCCAACAAGUUGCAAUCAAGUGCUUGAUCAACCCUGAGAGCACUUGUGGUGCUAGCACUAGCGACGAGACCGCCGAUGAGCUGGACUGCCAUGCCGUCCUGCAUCAUCCAAAUCUUGUCAACCUCAUCCAUCACUUCAAGACCAAAGCUCACACCUAUCUGGUCUUGGAAUACUGCUCUCAGGGUGACCUAUACGAGGCCAUCCGCAUGGGCCAUGGCCCUCUGCAAACUGAGCACGUCCGACGCUUCGUUCUUCAGCUCAUCGAGGCAGUCGAGCAUAUGCAUCUUCACGGCAUUUUUCAUCGUGACAUCAAGCCAGAGAACAUCUUUCUGACUGCCGAUGGCUCGAUGAAGCUGGGAGACUUUGGACUGGCUACCAAGAGUCUAUGGUCUUUCGAGUCCUGCGUUGGCAGUGACAGGUACAUGGCUCCUGAGCAGUACGACGCCUCGAGCGGCUACUCACCAGCUCAUGCUGAUGUUUGGUCUAUUGGCAUUUGCUUGCUCAAUGUCCUGUUCUCACGCAACCCAUUCGUCACACCAACGGAAGGCGACGUCCUCUUCGCAGAUUACCGACGUGAUCGACAGAGUCUCUUCGACGUGUUUCCAGCGAUGUCGCAGGACACUUUCGAGGUGCUCUCAAUUGCCCUGGCGCUAGACCCCCAAAAGCGAGACAUGCAGGCACUACGUCGUGCUGUGUCCCGGGUCAUCAGCUUCACUACCGAUGACGAGAGCCUCGAUGAGUUCUGCACGGAGUCUCGUGACCCAGUUCGUGCAUCCGCCAACCGUAUGGCCCUACCGACGCCAUCCAUCACGUCGCCGAACAUGGAGGGAGAUGCGUUCCCAUGGACCAAGGCUCUUCAGACAACUCCUCAACGCAAUCUCUCUGUUGUCCCAGACACGUACGAGGAAGACCUGUUCGAACAAGAGAAGUAUCCCAAACUUGGCGAGUCCUGGUACUCUGGUCACGCUACGACACCAUCCUUGGCCUCGGUACUUGAUUCUGCCUACGGUUCCCUCAAAGCUAUGGCCAUUCGCGUUCCUGCUCGCAAUCCUCCCCGUCCUGAUCCUGUUCCUGUUCCCAGUUCGCUCCCUCUUCGUUCAUCUCGCCCAAUCCCAACCAUGGCUUCCGUCUUCGGCAAGAAAAAGGAUGCUGUGGCUAAGAGUUGGAGCGACAUGUUUGAGGAGGACGAGGAAUCAGAGCGGGAGGAAGCAGACCUGCGUACUCGACGAGAACAAAACGCCCGUACAUGGAGUCAAGACAGCCAGAAGCAGCUUCCCGUUCCUCCAGGAGUGCUUACCGAGUCGAAGAGUCGUUCUUCAUCCAAUGCCCGUCGCAGUCGGACUCCCAAACCUGUCCACUGCGCCAAGUCUAUUGGUGGCACCAAUGAGAACGAUCCUUCUGGUUGGAAGAUUCGCGAGGAUGCGCGACGAUCUCCUCGUCAGGUGCCUGCCGAUAAAUGGGCCGCACUUGGAGACAAGCGUCGCAACUUCCAUCCGGAUCCUGAAGGCCGAGCUGUCAGUACCAAGAAGCGAUCUAUGACAACUGGCUCGCGCCGACGACCGCAAACUACUUUCGAUACAUGGCACGUCGUGACAGUCGGCCGGCCAACAGACAACGGCCUGCUUUUCUUGAUCAAGAUUGGCGGCAAACAAAGGUGA